AUGGCAACGUAUCCACCCGACCCACCGCUAAGCAAACCACCAAGCAGCCGCACAGGGUCCCAUUACCGCCACUGCCGCGGCACAGCAGCAGCAGCAACGGACCGCUGUGGCCUUGUGGCUGCCGAGGAAGGAGUACGGCUGGAGGCAACCGAGCCGAUACGGAGAUGUUAUGUCGAUGCCGGGUUUAUGCCGACUACAGGAAAAGCUACGGUUGGCGCGAUUUUAUUGAACGAGGAAGGGGAAUAUGUAUCGGCAUUCAGUGCACCCUUAUCAGAUUGUCUCUCCCCGCUUAUGGCUGAGGCGAUAGCAUGUAAGGAAGCAUUGUCCUGGUUAUGGAAUCGUGGGGAACGCUCUGUACGCUUGCUCACAGAUUGUUUGACCCUACAACAAUAUUUGACGAAUCAAGCUGUCACGAUUCGGACUUAUGUUGGCUACGCUAUUAGUGCUUGCAAAGCACGCAUUACCGCUUUUGAUUACUGCUCAGUUAAUUUUAUUCCUAGAUCGGAGAACUAUUUAGCUCAUAGUUUAGCGGCUUCUGCAUUUAAUUAUUCUACGAUUAUGUAUUCGGACGAUGUCCCCCCAGACUCUAUUUCUGAGUACUUUUAA